AUGAUGACUGAACCUCAGCCCCAAGAGGUUGGCAUCACAGUCGCCAAGGACACUGAGAGUGUGAAGACACAAGAGAAGAAGCCGUUCUCCUGGCUCGAACCACAUCCGACCUUUGUCAUUAUACUAGUCGGUCCUGAUGAAUGCCCUUUUGGCAUACAGAAGGAUUUCCUAUGCUCCCGAUCAGAAUUUUAUGAGAAACUCUUUUCAGAAACAAAUCACGACAAGGAGAUCGAACACGUUGUCAAGCUACCCGAGACUACAAAGGAGAUUUUUGGAUUGGCCCAGCUCUUCCUCCACACAGACAAGAUCAUAUCGGAUGAGUCUAAUGUGCCUUCCUACGAGGCCCUUGUCGGGCUUUGGAAGCUUGGCCAUAAACUUGGCGUGACGGGGCUUUGCGACAAAGCUCUCAAUGCUAUGAUUGACUGUCGACGGAUCACCGAGAGAAUUCCGGCUACACCCCUUCUUAUCCAGGUCUGGAAGGACACACCUGAGGGGUCAUCAAUCCGAAAGCUGCUACUAUCGUGGACUGCCGAGUACAUGCGAUCUUCUGAUGCUAGAGCAGAGUUUGCCAAGUCUCUCCCCCAGGAGGUUCUCAGUGAGCUCGUAGUAACCAUGAGCUCUUUCGAUACAGCUCCCACGCCAGAGACACCAACCGCCGCUGUCACCCUUCCAUCCGCGACGCCUCGAAAGAAUGUCCAUUACCUCGAGGAGGAGCCCGAAAAUGAUGCGAAGAAGAGCAGACGAGUGAGUGGUGUUACGGUCGGCACCCCUUUGUCAGCAGACCGAUCAAUCAAAGCUCGGGGUUCCUUGCCCAAGCCCGCACCUAGACGUAGGACGAGUGCUGGCUAUGCUGAAGGCCGAGAGUUUACUACUUCUCAGAAGCUGGAAUUCUGCGCUGACCUAUUGACCAGAAUGUUGUCGGGUCCUGGCUUCUGGACUAGACUCGUCGGUCCUUUCCGAGACGCUGUCGAACCAGUCGAGGAUGGCGUGCCAGACUAUUUUGAAAAGGUCAAACGACCAAUGGAUCUGACCACGAUCAAGGCCAAGAUGGACCGCAAGGAGUACACUACUGAUGAGGAGUUCCUGGCAGACGUGCGCCAAAUCUUCGACAACUGCUUCACCUACUGGAAGAAGGGGGAUCCAAUGUGGCUUGCCGGGGAGAAACUCCAGAAGACGUUCGAGGAUAAGUUUUCUCACAUGAACAAGUGGAUUACUAAGAUGGGCGGCGAUGAGGUUGAUUAG